AAAUUUGAAUUACGCCAGCAAAGAUUUGCUUUAUUAGUUAUGGUUGACCUGUACUUUGGUACACUACUGUAAUCUAAUUAUGUCAUGAAAUUAGAACACAGUUUUAAGCAUUGAUGAAAUGAUUUUUUUGUGUGUCUUAUGGCAAAAAGUUCAAUUUUUCAGCCCAACCAAUGUUGCAGUUUAAGAUAAGAUAGGCUGUCUUAAACUCCCAUCAGUUGUUGAAGUAUAUAUUUAAAGUUAUUUUUCUUGUUGACGCAGAUAGUAAUUGAGGAACACAACACACUGCGUGGAGAGAACCAGGGUGUGGAGUACCCAAAGCUCUCACAGUCCAUGGUAGUAGACUCACCCUGCAUGUGGAGAUCUCCCCAAAUGCACAUUUGUUAUUCCAGAGCUGCAGGACAGAGUACUUGAGGCCAUUGGUGAACAGAAAGCUGAGGUUGAACAAAGCCAAGAAUUGAUAGCUGCCCAAGGUGUAAGCAACAUUCACAAUGAUGAGGUCAUUAUGACGUGUGCAAUGCGUCCACUGGUCUUGGCCUUCCUGACCAAGGCAGCCAAACAAAGGAAAUUCCACGUCAUUGUUGCCGAACGUGCCCCUGAACGUGACGCGAGGUGUUUUGUGCGUCUCUUUGACGACGUCAUCGUGUCUGACGUGCAAAGUGCCUAACACAGGGACUGCCACAUGUAGGGGUGAUGGCUUCUUGCAGCUUCCUUUAUUUUCUUAUGUUCUUAUGUUCUCAAUACAUCUUUUACUUGUGCAGGGUCACCCAAUGGCAAAAGCUUUAUGUACUGCUGGAAUUCAGACAACAUUAAUUCAAGACUCUGCAGUGUUCCCCAUCAUGUCAUGUGUCAACAAGGUCGUCGCUGGUGCCAAGACAGCGGUGAGCAGCGGAGGCAUUGAGACCUUUGUUGGUGCAGCCUCUCUUGCCUCACCACCAAAGUUUUAUUCUGUUCCAGUGGAUAUACAUUCCUCCUCUUGAGUGUUGGACGGUCCUUUCUCAAACCUCAACCUGUCUCGUGUGGAGCUAGACACUGUCAGGGAACAAAGUUUUCGCCGUCUGUAAAUACUGGGCUGACGAGGGCACCUGCUUCACAUGCACUGUGCGGGAAAGCUGGAAGAUGGCACAGAAUUCGACAGCAGUUACCCUCGAGGACAACCCCUGCCUGACCUUCACGCUGGGGUCAGGUCAGGUCAUCCGAGGCUGGGACCAGGAGCUAAUUGGGAUAUGCGAGGGGGAAAAGAGGAAGCUUGUCAUCCCCUCGGACCUCGGCUAUGGAGCUUCAUGGGCGCCUCGGAAGAUACCUCCCCACACCACGCUGGUCUUCAAGGUGGAACUUGUCAAGAUAGAGAGGAAAGAGGAGCUUUGAGGCUAAUCUAGGUGGAGGUGUUGCACCAUCCUGCAUGUGCCGGGAGCUUGGUGAACCGUGCCGUCCCACUUCUUGUGAUCUCUAAGGUAACAGCUUUAAUCCUUGCAAAUAAGGAAUAAGAGAAAAGAGACACACCAGCCAUUUGUACUGUUAUGAUGUUCCGUCAUUUUUUUUCCCUCUUUUAUCCUGGAACCAUUUUUGCUCAUUCAUGUUUAUAAAAAUUAUCAUACAAAAAUGUUGAGGUUAAUAUGUUUGGUGUAGUUUUUUUGUAACGUGUUAUUGUUAAUGUGUGUGCUUUGCCUCAGUAUUAGCAGUAAUGUUACAGCCAAUGGAAGUGUCUGUAUUGUGCUUAGGUGGGAGGUUAAUUUGAUGUAUUUUUAGAGUUCUGCAGGAUAUAGCAAGCCCUCAAAAUAAAGAAAAUAACAAUGGAAAA